CUGCCGGGAAAACUUGUGGUGGAUUGUUGCCCUCGGGUCGCUCCAGGGCGGGGACGGGGAAUCGGGCCAUGGAACUUACGUCGGGGACUCGAGAGCCCCGGGUCCGGCCGAGAGAGCGGGACCCAGACCGGCACCCCCGCCCGGACCGAGACCGCCACCCAGAGCGACAGCGGGACCGAGCCGAGGACCGGCGCCGGGAGAGAAACGGGGGCGAGCGGAGGGACGGGGACCGGGACAGGGGGCGGGACCGAGACCCCCGCCAGGACAGACACAGGUCCGGGGACCAUCGCCCUGGUGAACAAAGAGUUUGGGAAAAACCCCGCCAAAGCCGGACGCGGGACGGACCUCAGCGGCCGACCAGGGACGCAGUCCCGCCCACCUGGCCCGCGCCCUGGGAAACCCCGGAGCUGCCGCCCCACAGGAAGGAGGGCUUCGGGCACCGAGGACCGGAAAGUGAACCCACUUCAGGGAGAUAUCUGCCCUCAAACCCCAGGUCUGGACGAGAGGAAGAGAAAUACUACCAAUCAGAGGCUGAAGGACUCCUGGAAUGCCACAAAUGCAGAUACUUGUGCACUGGGAGAGGUGUGGUUCAGAUAGUGGAGGUGAUACUGAAUGGGAUGGUUCUCAUGUGUAUCGUGGCUUCCUACUUUGUCCUUGCUGGAUUCAGUGCCAGCUUUACCAGCGGCGGCGGCUUUGGGAACAACUAUUACUCACCAUUUGAGGGCACUGAGCUGGAGCAGGUUCGGCAGCUGGACCAGCAGUACACUGUCCUGCGGGCACCCCUGAUAUACGGCGGCGUGGCUGUUUCUCUGGGGCUGGGCGUCCUCACCAUGGGUGUUUUACUCCAAGGAGCCAAGAGUCUAAGCAAACUGCCACGGAAGUGGCUCCUGCUGGAGGCUGCCUUCAGCCUCCUGGCAGCAGUGGGCUACUGCAUAGGCAUUGGCAUUUACCUCCAUGUAGCCUUGCGGAUCAAUGCCACGGACACUUGCAAAACAAGACAGAGGCUGUAUGCCCGCAAAGGUCUCACCUGGAUGAACUGCCAGCUGGCAGGCACGGAUGGAGCAGCAGCCACCUUUGCUUGUCUCCUGGUGAUCAUGUAUGGUGCCAGCGUGGUGCUGGCCCUCCGGAGCUACCGGGAGCAGAAGCACUACAAAGACAGCCAAGAACAGCACAGAAAUUACAGUGAGGCACCAGAAUAUCUAUGGUCUGGAACACUCUGAGACUUUCUUCUGGAAGCUAAAUGUCAACUUAUCUCCCUUGCUUCUCUAAAAAAAAUAGGCCCUUUAAAAUCACUCAUUUGACAACUGGGGUUUUCACAUACUUGAUUUUAUAACUGCUCUUCUUGGUUACAGCGCAAAGCUAGAUGGUCAUCUCAUUUUUCUAUCAAAAAGUCUUUGCUGGCUGAGAGUUUGAAAAAAAUCUCUCCACUUUUGCUACAAAGAACAUCAGAAGUUCUGUUCUGACCCUCUUAGGGUCUGACCCUCUUACCAAAUGGUAAGGUGAUGGUUACAGCUAAGUAGCCACAGAAAUUCUGCAAGUUGAGAACUACAUUUUAGGGGUAGCAGACCCAAUGUUAUAGUAGAAAUCUCUUACCCGUCUUAACUAUUUAAAGUCACCAAAAGUAACAUGCCCCUCGUAUUUGGCCCCCGGGAAUGAUUUUAAAGCAGUUGUGUGACUGAAUUCUAAACAAUUACAUUCUGACCCUCUCCUAGAGGGAAACUGUUCUGCCCAUAGGGCAGUGUACCAUGACUGCCUGGAUUCCAAGGAGACUUCUUCCAUUAGAGAUGGUGAGGCUGGAUUUCUCAUACAUGAAGAGAGAUGUUUUAGCAUGCAUGUUUCUCCCCAGGAUGCCUGCAUUAGGGCUGAGAGAAAAUGUUUUAGGUUUUUUAUUUGCCAGCAUUCCAAGUUAGUUUCUUUUUUGUUGCAAGUCAUUCACUUGUAAUUCACUUUCCUGAAAUAGUUUAUGUUUCUUAAGUAUGAAGCUUCCAAGUAGUGAUAAAUAAAAUUUAUAAACAUCUUAAAUGUGUAAUAACAUUUCAACUAUUUCAAAGAGAAAGCACUUAAUUUUACUAGACUAUAAAGGCUUAUUAGGAGGCUUCUUCAUUGCUGCAUUCUGUGAGUGACAGUGCCCUAUAGAGAAGGCCUUUAAAGGUAGAUUGGAACCUCUCAUGACUCUGGAUUGUUUUCAUAAUGUAACAGAUCAUUAACACUGAAUCUUAAAAAUAAAGUUUUUUCAAUAAUUUUAAUCUAAAGUUUUACAGCUGUUCUUAUAUACAACUGGUCUCAGGUUUUUAGUUUGUGAGGUGCAACUAGAAAUAUACACAUUAUAAAGUACAGGCUUUUUCUAGUUGUCCUCUUACUUUUCAAUAGCUAAUUCUUUUUUUCAUAUCAUGGUUUUAUGUUCAUAAAUGAAACUAUUAAUAAAUUCAAACCAAGUUUUUAGUAAUUUCUAAUAGCAAUUUUGACAUAAAUCUCAGAUUCUCUACUCUAUACAGUAAGAAAUCAGCAAACAUAAACCUGUUUCAACAUAUGCCAAAAAGACUUAAAAAAAAUUGUCAACAUCAUUUUUCUCUAAUGUGUUGGCCAUUUUUACCACUGCAUGUUUGCUAACUCUUCCCCACCUCCUGCCUCAAUUCCUCUCCUCCCUGUAAUACAUUACCUUUCCUCACUCCUCUGAAAUCCUUUCAAUAGCUAAUUCUUACAGAACCCAUCCAAGGCAUAUGAUCAAAACUGAACCUUGUACAGAAAUGGGAAAUUACCUACAUUAUACUUUUACAAAAAGUAAAUCUUGGAGGGAAACAACCAACUAGAAAUCUACACUGCUAGGAUAAAAUACAAACAGUUGUGCCACAGAAAGUCACUUCCCCUCUAUCACCCUCAGCCCCCAACCCUCCAGUUUUCAGAGUGAUAUACAAGUUUAACAGCAGCAAAAAUCAAACAACCCAUUCCCCACCCACUCCCCAAAAAGAAUAACUCCCCCGACACACUGUUCUAACCUAGCACUAUUCCCUGAAACAUGUCCCUAGUAGAUCUUUGCUCAUGUCUGGGUCAUGCUUGAUAAAAUGAGGACUUCAGGGCCGGCCGAGUGGCGUGUUGGUUAAGAGCUGGCUUGGGACGCCAGAGGGCCCUGGUUCG